AUGACUCCCUCAGCAUGCUUGUCGCGCCCUCUCGCCUUUGGCUCCACCCUCGCUAUUCUGCUUUCUUCCGUCAGCGCUCGUAAUUUCACUCAAGCCCCGUCACCGAACAUUGAUCUUUCUGGUCUUGGCCGCGUCGCUCUAGCUGGCGACUUCGACUCAAUAUCUCUUUACACCUACCAAGGACAAAGUCAAAAUGCAAACUUCGCAAAUGGCAGCCAAUAUCUCUUUUCACAAUAUCCCGAUGGUUCUUUCCAGAGUCUGGCCCUUGCCGAUGCAUUCAUCACCACUAUGUGUCCCUUCGUCAGCCAUGGUGAAUUGCAGGGCGUCGUUGUAGGAGGCAAUUUCACCAGUUUGGGCGGCGUCCCUGCUCAAGGCAUUGCUCUAUGGAACCCAAACACCACCCAAAUCACUCCGCUAAACGGCCUCUCUGGCUCCGUAUCUGCCGUAUACUGCGACGAUGAAUCUUCUACAGUCUAUGUUGGUGGCACUUUUACUGGAGGCAAUUCCUCCAACGCCAUCGCUUGGGUUUCUGGAUGGACCAAUCUUCCUUUUGCUGGUUUCAACGGUCCUGUCACAUCCAUCACCAAGAGCUCCAACGGCUCCAUCAUCUUUGGUGGUUCUUUUGACGGUCUAGGCAACACAACCACUCCUACAACAAAGGAUGUCCAGGUCAUCAACCUCUCUGCUGGAAACAUUACCUCUGGCGCCUCGACAUCGACUUCUGGCUUCAGCGACCCUCGCAACAUCAUUUGCCAGACUGGCGACGACACUGCUGGAAACACAUGGCUUCUUGAGGACAACACUCCUGGCUUCUGGAGAGGUUCGUUCGGUUUCGGUUUCAACCCUACCAAGUUGCGCCUCUACAACACUAACCAGGAUGGCCGUGGAACAAAAACAUGGCGUUUCACUGCUUUCCCCAUCAAUGGUAUCAUGAACUUCACCUACACCGACGAAAGCGGUAACCUUGCCUCUUGCACUGCUACAUGCCCUUUGCCUCAGGGCAAUACCUCGUACCAGGACUUCCACUUCGUCAACUCUGUCGGUAUGAAUGACUUCCGCAUCGAUAUCUCUGCUUGGUAUGGUGCUGGAGGUGGUCUGAGUGGUAUCGAGUUGUUCCAGAACGACAUAUACUCUUUCGCAGUUUCCGACUUCAACGAGCCCCGUUGCGACAGUGUUAGCACCACUGGUGCCAACUCGACUGCUACUGGUCCCUGGGUGCAGACACCUUCAGGUCAAAGCACAUCCGAUUAUCUUACUGCGACUUUGAACAGCAGCGUCACCUCCAACUCCGCCCAAGUCGUCUUCAUGCCCGAUAUCAAGCAAUCUGGAAACUACUCGGUCACUUUGUACACCCCUGGCUGUAUCCAAGACGAUACCUGUUCUUCUCGCGGAAUCGUGAACAUCACUGGAUCUAUGACCACUGAAGGAAGCGCUAUUGCUACUACUCUGUACCAGACCAACUACUACGACAAGUACGACCAGAUCUACUACGGCUACGUGGACGCUGCCUCCGACUCAUUCCGUCCAGAGGUUACUUUGACACCUCUCGCCGGCCAGAACACUCCUCUGACAGUUGUUGCACAACGUGUUCGCUUCGAGUUGGUUACCUCAACUGGUGGUUUGAACGGUCUCUAUGACUACAAUCCCAACAUGGCCACUGUCAACACCGACUUUUCUGCGUCAAAGAUUGACUCUGCCGCCAUGUCACUGGAUACUGGUGCCAAGAUCAAUGCUCUUGCUGUUUACAACGAUGUUACUUAUGUUGCUGGCAAUUUCACAAACGGGGAUAUCCACAACAUCUUCAGCAUUGGCAGCGGAAAUGCCACCUCGCUGCCUGGUGGUGGACUUAACUCUGUCGUCCGCACCAUGUACCAAAAUGGUUCGACCAUCUAUGUUGGCGGCAACUUCACCAAUACUGUGACAACUCAAACCGCUGGCCUCAGUGGCGUUGCUGUUUUCUCCAUCGACGACAACUCAUGGACAGCACUGGGCGCUGGCGUCAAUGGUCCUGUGUGGGCAAUUGUCCCUCUGCAGCUCAACAUCACUGGCAAGGAUCAAGAAACUGUUCUCGCUGUGAGUGGUGACUUCACCAGCGUCAAUGCUGUUGGUAGCAAUGCCACCUACUCUACUGAUGGAUUUGCCGCCUGGGUGCCGUCGCAAGGCAAUUGGCUCCACAACCUGGCAAAUGCAACUGUUGCUUUGAGUGGUGGCUUGUUGGCACAGACUAUGGUAGCUGAUUAUGGUCAACUUCUUGCUGGCUCGCUUGUUGCCUCUCAGAUUGGUUUGAGCGAUGCAGUGGCGCUGAGUGGCUCUGGCAGACCUUCUCUGUCGCCGCUUGGUGUAACCAUCUCUCCUGUGCAAGGAUCUUCCUCAAUGCGUAAGAGAGCUACCACCAGCCAGAAUGUCACUGGUGUUGCUACUGGCUACUUCUACUUGGAAAAUGGCAAGAACAUGACCAUUCUCGGAGGUCACUUCACUGCCAACUCUUCCGCCGGCACUACCAUUAACAAUCUCCUCAUCAUUGAUGACACCAAUGGUCAAAACGUCGUCGGUCUUCCCAACACUGUUGAUGCAGACUCGACUGUUCUUGCACUUGAAGUGCGUGAUACCAGUCUCUUCGCUGGUGGUUCGAUCACAGGAACGAUUAAUAACACUGAUCUCAACGGUUUGCUUGUCUGGGAUCUGUCGCAAAAUGCGCUCGCUUCUAGUCAGCCUGCAGCACUUGCCGGCAGUUCUGUGACUGUCAAUGCUAUCGCAGCUCAGCCUGGUUCGGCGAAUGUGUAUGUUGGAGGCAACUUCGAGAAUGCCGGCUCUAUGUCUUGCCCGUCGUUCUGCAUGUACGACACUUCGACUGGACAAUGGAUGACUCCCACAUCCGGCUUCAAUGGUACCAUCAACACCAUGACCUGGAGAUCUAACAACCAAUUGAUCGUUGGUGGUGAUUUCACCACAGGUGGCAACCACACCAAGCUGGCUCUGUACGACGCUAAGAAGCAGACUUUCACCGAUCUGGGCACUUCAGCGAACCUCCCUGGCGCCGUCACUGCCAUGACCCCAGCCAACCCCAACUAUGACAAUUGGUGGGUUGCAGGUACUGCAAACAAUGGAUCCUCGUUCUUGCAGAAGUACGAUGGUACCAACUGGCAUUCAGUUACUGGACUCGGCGCUGCCACCGUCAUCAGAGGUCUCCAAAUCGUGUCUGUUACCGAGAAGCAUCAACUUACCGACCUCGUGCCCUCGAACGAAGUUCUGCUGAUUACUGGUUCAGUUGAGCUUCCUGACAACGGCAAUGCCAGCGCUGUGUUGUUUAACGGAACCACUUUCCAACCUUUCGUCCUCACCACAACCGCAAAUGGUGGGCAGGGAAGUCUGAGCGGCAUGUUUGUUCAGAACCCUAGCAAUUUCUUGAGCUCCAAGUCACACCAUCUUGCCCUUGGCCUCGUGGUCUUGAUUGGCCUUGCGAUUGCUUGCGGUCUGACCUUCCUGUUGGUUGUCAUCGGCAUAUUAGUCGAACGACACCGUCGCCGCAGACAAGGCUACGUUCCCAUGCCUCAAUUGAGACCGGAUCAACACGCCAAUCUGAACAGAAUCCCUCCGGAGAGUCUGUUCGGGACAUUAGAAAAACGUGAUACGGCACCGCGGGUGUGA